AUGACGACAAAUGCACAAGUAUGGUUAGAGAAAAAUUGUCACCGAGAUAUUAUCAGAUUAGAUAGAUUAGACAUUAGCAAAAAUAAAUUAAAGGGUUCCUUACGAUUCGAUGGUUUUAAUAAAUUAAAAGAAUUAGAUUGUUCCAAUAAUGACCUGACUAGUUUGGACGUAAGCAAUUGUAAAAAUCUUGUAAGUCUCACGGCUAAUAACAAUAGGAUUGACAAAAUAUUUUUACCUAGGAAUGACAAAGGAUUGGAGUAUUUAAACUUACUUAAUAACAACUUCCCUGAUCAAGAUUUAAAUUGUUUUAAUAGAUUAGUUAAUUUAAAACAUUUAUUUAUAGGAAAUACUGAUACUGAUAGCGAGGAAAGUCUUUAUAAUCGUUUUCAUGGCAGUUUGGAACCUUUGAAAACCUUAACCAAUCUGGAAAGUUUAAGCAUAAACAAUACCGAUAUUGAUUCCGGCUUGGAAUACUUACCCGAUAGUGUUAAAAUUUUUCGAUGUUCAGCGAAAGAAAGGAAAGUCAAAAAGAUAUGUGAAAAUCUUAGGAUUUUCGCUAUUGAAGAUAAUGACGUCUUCGCUGGUAGAUAUAAUUUGAAAGCAUGGAAAGAAAACUGGAUCUUGACUACUAAAUUAGAGAAAGAAAAAGACCAAUUGGAGGAGUUAACUAAGAAGCUAUGUGAAUAUGAAGACUUGAAUAUUCAACAGACAGAAUUAGAAAAAAAAAGGGAAGAUUUGCUUAAUAAACAAGAAGAAUUAAAAUCAAAAAAAAAUCAAUUGGAACAAGAUAUAGAAAAUUUUCAGCAAAAUGUCGAAGUUUUGAACGCUAAGAUAAAACAAACAGAGCUUAUUUAUCAACAGAAAAAGCUAGAAUUAGAUGAAAAGAUGGAAGAAUUAAAUUCCUUUACCGAAAAGCAAUUAAUGGAAAAAGAAACAUUACAGAAAGAAGCGAAUGAUUUAAAAGAAGACUUAGCUCGAAAAAGGAAAGUUAAAGAGAAUUUGGAUAAGAAAUUAGAAAAAAAUACUGUAGAACUGAAGAAUAUGGAAGAUGAAAUCGCAAAUUUAUUAUGUCAACUAUCUGGAGUCAGCUCAUCGAUGAAAGAUAUUAAAAUGGAAAAGGAAAAAUUAUCUAAUCUCAAAUAUAAAUUGAACAAGAAAAAAUAUGAGGAAAAAUCUAGUACAGCUGACUUAAGAAAGAAAAUGGAUAAUUUAAAGAUACAAAUAAGUUUAAAAACAAACGAAUUACAAAAACAAUUAAUGGAAUCCAAUCAAAUAAAGGUAAAACUCGAUGAGGUCAGAAAAUCUGUGAAAACUCUCGAAGAGGAGAAGACUUUCUUGAAAAAGGUUUUAGAAAGAUAUGUUGAGAAUAUGCAAUAUUCCAAAGACCAGCUUAUUGAUCUAGAAACUAAAUUAAAAGAGAAAGAAGUUCUCAUUAAUGAACUUCAACAAAAAAAUCAGCAGCAGAUUGAUUACCUCGAAAUCAAAUUAAAUGAGAAAGAAAUUCUCAUUAAUAAACUUCAACAAAACAAUGAACAGCAAAUUGAUGACCUCGAAACUCAAUUAAAUGAUAAAGAAAUUCUCAUUCAGAAACUUCAACAAGAAAAUCAGCAGCAAAAGAUUGACCUCGAAAUCCAACUAAAGGAGAAUGAAACACUUAUUAGUAAGAUCCAACAAGAAUACAAGCAACAAAGCAUUGACAUUAAUGAUAUUCAGCAAACAAAUCAGCAACGGCUAGGAGAAAUACAUGGUUUGUUUUAUAAAAUACAAACUAAAGAAAAUGAGCUAAAUAAGUUAGUUAAUGAUAUUAUUUCUAAAAGUGAACUUGGUAGAAAAGGGAAAGAUUUGUUAAAGAAACUUUUGGAAGAUCAAAAUAAAUUUAUCCGAUUUAAUGAUAGUUACUAUUAUGAAGAACUGGAAAAAACUAAAAAGAAAAUAAGUGAUGACUUAAUUGCGGAAGAUAUCCAAAAUCUUCCAAGUCUUCUAAAGAUACAAGAGGAAAUUAUUCGGUUAAAGUUGCAAUUCGAGUCCAUAACAGUAAUUUAG